GUUCCGGCCCCCCUGGAGACGUGUUGGUCACUGUGGGAGGACCGCGAGCGCAUCCCGUUGUGGAUGCCCUGGAUCAAAUCAGUCAAGGUCCUUGAUAAGGACCCCCGCAUGUCGCGAUGGACCCUCGCCACCCACCAAUUCGGGCGGGAUUGGGAGUUCUCCUGGCUGGCUCGCAACUUACCGCCCGUCAAGAACAACAAGAUCCACUGGCCGCACGCAGGUAUCGAGAUCCAAAACCGCGGACAGAUCAAGUUCGUCCGAACAUCACCCACCAGUUGCAACAUCACGCUCAUCAUCUCGUACGAGGUGCCCAAUGCGCUCGUGCCGUUUGCAAAUGCUCUCACACCGCUUGUGGAGGGCAUUAUCCAAAAGGACAUGGAGCGAUUCCGAGAGGUCGUG